UCCUGUUUGUGCAGCCUUGAAUAAGUUUGACUUCAGUCAGUCCUGGUGGCUGACCUUGUGCUAGUAAUACCAUUUUUCUUUUUGAUAAAACCCCCAGGGGUGGAGGGGUGUCCCAUCCACAGACUUAUAGAUUAAACCUGCACUUUUAAACAAUUUGAAAUUCUCAAGGUUUAAUCGUCAUUCUUCCAGAUGAACUACAUGCCUCCUGCGAGAUGGACUUGAAUCCCCCACCUGGCUUCUUACCUGGAUCUGUCAAUCAUUAACGUCUUUAUUGAGACAGGCAGUGCUCAGGUCAACGCGGAAACAACAGGAGAAAGACCCGUGGAAGCCUUUCCAAGCACCACGGCCUCGCUGCUGAAGCAUUAGUUUGGUGCUGUGUUCUGUAGCUGGCCAUGGAUCAGAAGUAGCCGUAGGUAGAGUGGAGACUGCAUCAUACAGAGAAUGGCAAGAGGAGCCAACUGCAGCUGGAUUGGGAUUGAGAUCCCUCUGUCCUCACAGUUCUUCAGUGCCAUUAAAGAGGAGCUGUGGCUCUUCCUCAUCCCGGCCGGCCUGGCUCUCAUCCUACUGGCCGUGUUUCUGGAGGAAGUCGGCUUCUUCUUGCGUCACAUUUCCUCGUCUAGACGUAAACAUCUCUACCUGUGGAUAUUAGGGAUGUACCCGGUUUGGGCCUUGACGUCCCUUAUAGCGCUGUAUGUUCCACGCGCUUCCUCGCUGUGUAAUUUCAUUGCUUCACUGUAUCACUCCAUCACCUUGCUGAAAUUCAUGGGACUGAUUACAGACUUCUUUGGAGGUAAAGCUCGUAUGCUGGUCGCUCUGUCUGGACAGCAGGUAUCUCCAGACCCCUUCCCCUGCUGCUGCUGCUGCUGUCUCCCGAUGGUGGCCAUCAACAGCAGCAGCCGUGCUUGGAUGAUGGCUGCUGUGCUUCAGCUCUCGGUUGUCCGCAGCAUCUUGUUCUUCGUUACUCUGGUCCUGUGGACAGAUGAACAGUACGACUAUGGUGAUGUGGAUUCAGUCAACCCCAACCUGUAUGUGAACGCUAUCAUAGGCGUGUCAACCUUUGUGUCCUUUUAUGGCCACCUUCUGUUUUACAAAGCCACAAAGAGUGCUUUACCCGGCCAUGGACUGAGACCCAAGUUCAUCUGCAUCAUCGUGGUGUUGGUGCUGUGCGGCCUGCAGAAUGGUAUCUUGGAGACCAUGGGUGCUCUGGAGGUCAUCCCCUGCACGCCGCCAUUCUCCGUCUUGACCAGGUCCCAGUUGAUCUAUCACUACAGUGUGAUUGUGGAGAUGUUCUGCAUCGGCCUGUAUGCCCGCCACACUUUCCGUAAGGUGGAGCCCAGCGAGGUGGAGGGGCCCGUCAGUGUCUCGAGGAUGGAAAAGGCUGCUCAGACAGAUGACGUUCAGAUCACUGUUCACAAGCCCGGCCUGCUGUCAGAGGACGCUUGGUCCGGCCGCUGCCUCGCCAGUGCCUCCAAUCCCGGUUACAACAGUGACAGCGAGGACAGCCUGUGCAGGAUCGAACAUGCACCUCUAGAUGGUUUCCACUUCCCUCAGGCCAAAGGUCAACACCAGCCAGAACCAGGACAGUCCAGGUCCACAGAGCAGCCUGGUGUAGAACUGAGCCAUCUCACCGUCAGGGCUGACGUGACUUAUGACGGCUCCAAGGACGCCACUGUGGUUUGACCAGUGGAAGACAUUUACUGAAAGGCUGCACCGUAACAACGUUUUGUAAUCUGAACAGUUUUUGCAUGAUAUGUACAGUAAGUAAAAUGUACAUUACUGUCAAUAGCAAAGGAUUAUGGGAAAAUAAACACUCACUUCUGUAA